CCUGCGCUUUUGUUGUGCAGAAGCGGGUCGGAUGGGGGAAGGGCCGCAGCCGCCUGCCUGCUUGCCUGCUGCCGCCGUGUGGGAGACCCUGCAGCCCGGACACUGGGAGCUCCACCGCACGCCAAACCCUGGGAUACUUACAGCGGGACUAAGACGCCUCUAGGCCGGCGCAGGAUGAUCUGAACCGCCGCCGCUGCUGAUCCCUCCACCUCCGUCCCUCCACACCGAGAUGUGCGGGGCUGAGAUUGCGGUCUAUCUUCGUGCUUGUCGUUCGUCCUCGUGCCCCCGCGAUACGGUUGCGUUUUUAAACGGUGUUCUGCUCAGGCCCAGGAGGCUCUGAACUGUAGUGAUCAGAGGAAUAAUAAGGGAAGGACUGAACGGAAGGGAAAGUGGCCAUGGCUGCCGCCUUCUUCUCCUCCAACGGCCCAGUGCCGUGGACCCCCAGCGACACGGAGCUCAACAGCAUCUACCGGGACCUGGAGCUGGGAACUGUGCUGACUCUUUUCUACUCUAAAAAAUCUCAGAGACCCGAGAGGAGGACAUUUCAGGUCAAGCUGGAGACCAGGCAGAUUAUAUGGACCAGGGGCACGGAUAAAAUCGAGGGAGAAAUUGACAUUCGGGAGAUAAAGGAGAUCCGGCAGGGUCAGAAGUCUCGGGAUUUUGAUCGUUAUUUGGAGGAUGCAUCAGCCCGAACGGACCAGGCCCACUGCUUCGUCAUCCUGUACGGAACCGAGUUCCGCCUUAAAUCCCUCAGUCUAGCAGCCACAUCGGAUGAGGAGAUGGCGAUGUGGGUGAAGGGUCUGACGUGUUUGAUGUCGGACACUCUGGACUCCUCCACUCCGUUACAGAUUGAACGGUGGUUAAGGAAGCAGUUUUACGCUGUUGAUCGUAACAGGGAAGAUAAGAUUUCGUGUAAGGAUCUGAAGAACAUGCUGAGUCAGGUCAACUAUCGGGUUCCCAACAUGAAGUUCCUCAGAGAGAAGCUUCCGGACGGGGAGUUGAGGAGUGGGGACGUCUCGUAUUGUCAGUUUGCCCAGCUGUACCGUAGCCUAAUGUUCGACGCACAGAAAUCUAUGGAUAUAGCCUUUCUUCUAAGGUUUACUGAGAGGCCUGAGCAGAGGAUCUCACUGGACGACUUCCAGAGCUUUCUCAUCGAGUUUCAGAAGGAGCUCUGGGCUACAGACAAUAACAAGGUUCAGGAUUUUAUGUUUCGUUACCUGAAGGAUCCCCUGAGGGAAAUCGAGCAGCCUUACUUCCUCCAGGAUGAGUUCCUGACGUACCUGUUCUCCAGAGAGAACUCCAUCUGGGAUGAGAAGCUUGAUGAUGUGCGUCCGGACGACAUGAACAAUCCCCUCUCUCACUACUGGAUUUCUUCUUCCCACAACACCUACCUGACCGGAGACCAGUUUUCCAGCGAGUCGUCUCUGGAGGCGUACGCCCGCUGCCUCCGGAUGGGCUGCAGAUGCAUCGAGUUGGACUGCUGGGACGGUCCAGACGGGAUGCCGGUCAUCUACCACGGCCACACUCUGACCACCAAGAUCAAGUUCUGUGACGUCCUCAUGACCAUCAAAGAGCACGCCUUUGUCAAUUCUGACUAUCCCAUCAUCCUCUCCAUCGAGGACCACUGCAGCAUUGUGCAGCAGAGGAACAUGGCCCAGCACUUUAGGAAAGUAUUUGGAGAGAUGCUGCUGACUAAAGCUGUGGAUAUCUCCGCUGACGGACUCCCCUCACCCAAUCAGCUCAAGAGGAAGAUUCUCAUCAAGCACAAGAAGCUAGCAGAAGGAAGUGCAUAUGAAGAGGUCUCCACCUCCACGCCCUACUCAGAAAACGACAUCAGCAACUCCAUCAAAAACGGCAUUCUCUUCCUGGAGGACCCCAUCAACCACGAGUGGUACCCUCACUUCUUUGUGCUGACGAGCAGCAAGAUCUACUACUCUGAGGAGACAACCAGUAACCAAGGCAACGAGGAUGAGGAGGAGCAUCGCGAGGUGGGAAACGGUAUGGAUCAGCAUGUGAGUGAGAAGUGGUUUCACGGUAAGCUGGGCGCCGGGCGAGAUGGUCGUCAGAUCGCUGAGCGGCUGCUGUCUGAGUACUGCCUGGAGACGGGAGCUCCCGACGGCUCGUUUCUGGUCCGGGAGAGCGAGACGUUUGUGGGAGACUACACCCUGUCCUUCUGGCGUUCUGGUCGAGUUCAGCACUGCCGGAUCCACUCUCGCCAGGAGGCCGGCAGCCCCAAGUUCUACCUGACCGACAACCUGGUGUUCGACACGCUCUUCGCCCUUAUCACUCACUACCAGCAGGUGGCGCUGCGCUGUAACGAGUUCGAGAUGAAGCUGACGGAGCCUGUGCCACAGACCAACGCCCACGAGAGCAAAGAGUGGUAUCAUGCGUGUUUGUCCCGUAGUCAGGCUGAGAACAUGCUGAUGAGGGUUCCACGAGACGGAGCCUUUCUUGUGAGGAAGAGAGCAGAAUUUAAUUCCUUUGCUAUUUCCUUCCGGGCGGAGGGGAAGAUUAAGCACUGUCGGGUGCUGCAGGAGGGGCAGACGGUGGUUCUCGGUACCUCUGAGUUCGACAGUCUGGUGGAUCUGAUCAGCUACUAUGAGAAGCAUCCGCUGUACCGCAAGAUGAAGCUGCGCUAUCCAAUCAACGAGGAGACACUGGAGAAGAUCGGAACUGCUGAACCUGAUUAUGGAGCUCUGUAUGAGGGACGUAACCCAGGCUUUUACGUGGAAGCCAAUCAGAUGCCCACAUUUAAGUGCACUGUAAAAGCGAUGUACGAGUAUAAAGCUCAGCGGGAUGAUGAACUGUCCUUCAGUAAAAACUCCAUCAUUCAGAAUGUGGAUAAACAGGAAGGAGGCUGGUGGAAAGGUGAUUUUGGGGGGAAGAAGCAGCUUUGGUUUCCUGCUAAUUAUGUGGAGGAAAUCAGUCCUACAGCCGUGGAGCCCGACAGAUCUGCGACGGAGAACAGUCCUCUGGGAGAUCUGCUGAGAGGAAGUAUGGACGUGUCUUCCUGUCAGAUCAUGAUCAGGACGGAGGGGAAGGGCAGCAGACCCCACGUUUUCACCCUGAUGCCGAUGGGUUCUACUCGUACCAGUCCCAUGCUGGACGUGGCUGCCAGCUCUCCGGAGGAACUGAAGGACUGGGUGCAGAAGAUCCGUGAGGUCACCAUGACCUCUGAGGCUAAGCUGGAGGAGGGAAAGAUGAUGGAGAGGAGGAAGAAGAUUGCACUGGAGCUCUCAGACCUGGUGGUCUACUGCCGGCCGGUUCCGUUUGAUGAAGACAAGAUCGGGACGGAGCGGGCCUGUUUCAGGGACAUGUCCUCGUUCCCGGAGACGAAAGCCGAGAAAUAUGUGAACCGGAUUAAAGGGAAGAAGUUCCUGCAGUACAAUCGCCUGCAGCUCUCGCGCAUUUACCCUCGCGGCCAGCGCCUCGACUCCUCCAACUACGACCCCCUACCCAUGUGGCUCUGCGGCAGCCAGCUGGUCGCCCUCAACUUCCAGACUGCAGAUAAACCCAUGCAGAUUAACCAGGCUCUCUUCAUGCUCAACGGGAGGAGUGGCUACGUGCUGCAGCCGCCAAUCAUGCGAGACGACACCUUCGAUCCUUUUGAUAAGCACUCUCUGAGAGGGGUGGAGCCAAUCACACUGAUAAUAGAGGUGUUGGGGGCACGCCACCUGCCCAAGCAUGGACGGGGCAUCGUGUGCCCGCUGAUUGAAAUCGAGGUGUGUGGGGCGGAGUACGACUGUGCCAAACAGAAGACGGACUCUGAGGCUGAUAAUGGUCUGAACCCCAUCUGGCCUCGGAAGCCCUUCCGUUUUAACGUGUGUAACCCCUCCUUUGCCUUUCUGCGCUUCGUUGUGUACGAGAUCGACAUGUUCAACGACCAGAACUUUCUCGCUCAGGCCACCUUCCCAAUCAACUGCCUCAAAACAGGCUACAGGUCGGUUCCUCUGAAGAACAGCUACAGUGAGGAUCUGGAGUUAGCCUCGCUGCUCGUACAUCUGGAAAUAACUCGAGGCAGGCAUGAGAACGGAGAGAUGCUGAGUCCGUUUUUGGGGGCGGGAGCUGUGGGCGUGUCUGAGUUGGUGUCCACCAACCGAUCCCUGCCCUCUGUCUCGUCCGUGUCCUCCAUCUCCUCCAUGUCCCCUCUGCCCUCGUCUCCGGGACAGGCGCUUGGGUACCGGGGCAGGGAGGGGUCGUUCGAGGCCCGUUAUCAGUCUCCUCUGGACGACUUCAGAGUAUCCCAGGAGACCCUGCUGGAGCACGUGGUCGACCCGCAGAACAGGAGAUGGAAUUAGCUGGAGAGUUGAGGAGGAUGAGGCUAAUGCGAAGGACCCGAGUGAGUGCAGAUAACCGCGUGUAGCCCCGCCCAGCUCACGCCCACCCACAAACCUACCCAGGGCCACCGCGAGGGUCUAUCACUGCUCACGAUGUUAUGGACUGCUGUGAAACCUGUUUCUAUUGAAACGUUGUCGCCAGCGCUUUUGGCCUACAUUUCAGGCAGAACUCUCUCUCUAUUUCUCUCUCCCUCCCUUUCUUUUGUCUCUAUAUCUCUCUCUCUUGUCCCUCCUUCCCCUUGCCUCCCUCCCUGGAGAUGAGACGGUGUUGAGAGGAAGAGAGUGGGAGGGAUUUUUGCCCGUGGAGAGAAUGGAGAAACUGUUCAGCCUCGUGUGAGCGAAGGGCCAGAAGGGGGCGUUAAGAACGAAGGCCGGGACAUGCAGCAGUCUCCAGAACGAGGGGAUGAAGAAGAUAAAAGCCCAGCGGUCGAGAGCUGGGAGGGAAUCGUGUUAUCGGCAUCUGUUUGAAACUGCUUCGAGAUUAGGAUUUUCCUUUUUUCCUUCAGUUUUCCUUCUCUCUCUGGCGUAUAUAAAUAUAUAGGUAUAUAUAUAUUUAUUCCAGCUCUGCUGUCUACCAGAGAACAGCCGCAGCUGAUCUGCUCUCAAAGAGCCUUUCUCUCUCUUUCUUCACGUUUUGUUUCUUUUUUUUGUUUUAAUUUUGUUUUCAAAUUUAUUAUUAUUUAAACAGCAAUUUUUAACGUUCAUAAUGUGAUUUUUUUUUUCUUUCCAUUUUUUUAAGUACCGUAUGUGUCUAACACAAGGGCUUUGCUUGCCUUUUUCUUUUAAUAUGUUUUUCUUUUCUUCAAUCGCUCACUUGCUCGCUCACGCUCUCUUUUUCUCCCACCUUCACUUUUCACGUUUCACUUUACAAACUGACCGAAUCCAGUGUCUGCUUUUUCCCCCCGGCAAACACUUUUUUUUUUUUAUUUAAGUUUCCCAUUUUCUCACUUUUGUGAGUUCUGUGUCUUUAAAGUCAGGCAGACGCCCAGGCAGCCAUAAGAGAAAGCUCAGGAAAGAGGCCUCGGUUUGUUUGUGUUGGAUUCCCUGUGCAGAUUCAGGAAAACGGGACCAGGCGUUUUGCAGAGGCCUUUUUAAACAAGCCUUUUCCUUUCAGCAACGUUUAAAAUGAGUGUUUCUAUUAUUUAGUAAGCAACGACAAAGAAUCGUAUUUUUCUUAUUUUGAUGAUUACAUUUCUCGUUAUCCGGACUUCUGUAUUGUGGACGAGGCAGCAGGACAAUAGAUUUACGAUAAAAAUGAGCCUUAUUCACCAAUCAUCCUUAAGAAAAAUAAAAAAAAAUCUUCUUAAAGUCUAAUUUAAAAACUUUUCGCGAAGAUCGACAUUCACAGACAAUCUUUACUUAUAUGUGCAAAAAUAAGUAGUUUUGGAUCCAAAUCAUGAUCUUGACAAGUCUAACCAGACACCGCCGGUCACCAUCAUUACCACACACUGCACUGUUCACUGUGGGUGGUAAUAUUAGUCUUCUGCGAUGUAUUCCCAUGGGGUCCUUUAGCCAAAUAACUCAAACACUAACCCAUAACCUAAAUUAGACAGUACGAUCAUCAUAAAUCAGUCAGAGCUUUGGAUAAUUCAGCACUUAAACAAUUAAGACAUUUCCCAAAAGCACAUUUCAAAAACAUUAAUAAUUACAGCAUUGGUGAAUGAGGCCCAGUGUCUUCAGCUCUUGGAUUGUGCUCAGUCCAGCCUUGUUUAAUCUGUUAAAUCUUCUUCUUAAAGGAGAACUCUGGUGUAAAAUGGACUUUUGUGUAGUAAAACAUGAUAAAAGUUCUUACCUUUGUUGAACUGCACACCUCCAGUCUCCCACAGCAUUCAGAGAUUCAGUAAUUUUGUGCUUUUUGCCUAGCACUCUGUACAACGCCCGUAUCGGGGCAACACCGUUAUCCAGCUCAAAGUAGCUCCACACCUCUUUGUUAGAAUCUGGAGAGCACUGAUAUUUAAAACGAGGCAUUAAUAACUUAAAACGUGCACAAGAAGCUUAUUAAAAUCCACUGUUUACAUCACAUAGUGCUUCUUUGUAGCUCCGGGCGCCGCCAUCACUGUACUGAUAAUGUCAGACAUAUAUAUAUAUAUAUAUAUAUACAUAGAUUUCACAGGAGGCAGGCUAUGUGGAGUCUAUGCAUAUAUGUCUGUCUUCAUCAGAACAUUGAUGGCGGUGCUUGGAGCUACAAAGAAGCGCUAUGGGAUGUAAACAGUGAUAUUUAAUAAGCUUCUUGUGCACUUUUUAAGUUACUCAUGCCUCGAUUUAAACGUCAGGGCUCUCCAGAUUCUAGUAAGGAGGUGUGGAGCUAUUUUGAGCGGGAUAACGGCAUAAAAAAGCAAUUUAUUGGGACAAAACAUGCCCCGAUACGAUUGUUGUACAGAGUGCUGGGCAAAAAGCACAAAAGUACUGUAUCUCAGAAAGCUGUGGGAAAGCGAAGGUGUGCUAUUCAACAAAGGUAAGUAGUUUUUAUCAUGUUUUACUACACCUAAAAUCAAUUUUACACAGGAGUUCUCCUUUAAGAUGAUGCCAUUUUUAGAUGUUUUCAGUGUUGCAUUAAAAACAGCUUGAACCAUCUUGAAUCUUGACAUUUUCUCUCUUUUUUACACUACUGUUCAUCAUUCCAGAUCCUCAGUAUUCAACAUUUUACAUUCCUGUAGCAGCUCCACUCAGCACUAAUUCAUCUGUGACACACCUCUGUUAUUACCUCAAGUCCAGGGUUUCCCCACAGCGCUUUAUACUUAGUCAAGGUGGCCGCCCUAAGUCCCUGCAUGUGCAUAGACAGUAAAAUUAAGCUGAAUAGCAGCAUCUGUGGGUUAAAUUUGUUACUGCGGCCAUUUAGGUGAAAUACAUAGUUGGCUAGCCGAUUUUCUGCAGAAAACCCUGAAGUAUGAGAAUUUUCCAUGUUACUGUUUUCCAGGUGAUUAUAAAUAGAUGGUUUUGUAUUUGAAAUGGGCCAAAAAGAAGGAAAUGUCGGAAGGAACAUUUGCAGGGAAAUACACUGUUAUUAUAGGGAUGCACUGAAUAUCUGGCCAAAAAAAAGCAAAAAAAAAAAAAAAAAGCACUUUGUUUGGUAUAAGUUACUCAGUCUUUUAACAUAUUCCCCAACACAAUUACAUUUUUGAUGACUAUCAGAUACAUUUAGGCUAUUUAAUUUAUGCAAUGGUGACAAAAGUUGCAAAAUUAAUGACCAAAAACAUAACAUAUUUGGCUUUUUACACAAAUGUUUGUUUUAAUAUUGGUGCAUCCCUGCUUGUUAAUUUUCCUUUUUUUUUUUUUUUUUUUUCUUUGCCUUAACGGACCAAAUAAAUUUAUCAGGCACCAUAUAGUUGUGGUGUCUGUAUGUUUGUAAAGAGUCUAUGUGACUGAAGUUUGGGCAUUCUGAAAUCAAGUAUACUCAACAAUACAGUAUUGCUUAAGUGUUGCAUAGAGUAUUAAGAUAUGGUGGGUCUAUAAAGGUUCCCCAGGUGUAAACAGCCUUGUUUGGGAACGUUUUUUAUUAUUUUUACUUGAAGUUAAGUUAAAUUCCAAUGCUCAUUUUGUCUAUAACAUUCAGAAAAUGCAGUCAUUUCCAAUGAAUAAAGACAAGAAAAGGCCAUAAAAAUACCACCACCACCACCCUCACUAGUAUUAACAUUAAUCAUCAUGCAUGUCUUUGGUUAGUUUUCAGCGUAAGUCACUGUUUUAUUACUGACACUCUGUGUUCUAUCUGUAUCUUCUGGCUCUGUAAUUCUGUCCCUGCCCUCCCCCCCAGCCCUGUCGCAUUUGUUUCAAUGUGCCUAAGUCUAUGUGUACGUAAGAGUGUGUGCGCGAGUGUGUGUGUGUGUGUACAUAUAUACAUAUUUAUACAUCGAUGAAAGACCCUGUUGGACAUGUAUGCCUUUUUUUAUGAUUUGUUUCUGACAUCACCGUUUUGUUACCAAUGCUCUUAUUUACAAACGAAGCCUUUUCUGUAAUGUGCCUAUGCUACAUUGGGGGGAAAGUAUACAUUUUAAUUUUUGCCUUUCAUAUGAAACAUAUUCAAGCCUGAGAAUUAAAUAAAUAAAGUAAUUAUUCAACUA